CUUUCUGUCAACACUGAGUAAUACAGAAGUAUUACUAUCAAUAUAAUAUAUAGUGCUUAGUAGACAAAAUAAAGAAAACAUAAAGAUGUCAGAAUACGAUAAAGUGAGAACAGGAAAACUUGUCCUGAAGGGUGAAAAGAUAAGGUCAAAGAAACGAAAAUCAAAAAAACAGGAAAAGGAACAUGUUUCUACUUCUGAAAAUAAGGAUACAAUAGCUCACGGUGGAUGGUGGAAAGCUACACAAGUAUCUGAUGUAACAGGAACAGUGGCAAUCGAAUUUGGAAAUCAUACUUAUAUGAAAGCUUUAGAUAAUGGAUUAUUUACAUUAGGUGCACCUCACAACGAAGGUGAAGGACCUUCUCCAGAAGAGAUUUUAACAGCAUUUCCAAUAGGAGAAACUAAGAUUGCACUAAAAUCUGGUUAUGGAAAAUAUUUAGGUGUUGAUAAAAAUGGUAUAGUUAUUGGAAGAAGCGAUGCAGUAGGCACAAUUGAACAAUGGGAACCAAUUUUUCAAGAUAAUAAACUUGCCAUUUUAAAUAGCAACAACUGCUUUAUGUCAGUCACAGAUGAAGAUGAUAUUAUUUGUCAAAAUAAAACUGCUGGAACCUCUGAAUUUUGUAUAAUAAGAAGUAUAACUCAAAAAACUCAAGAUCCAAAUAAAGAUAUUCCAAAGGAGGAACAGGGUUCUCUUCAUGACGUUGAAGUAAAUUAUGUGAGAAAGUUUCAAAAAUUUCAAGACAAAAAACUGAAAGUAAAUCAAGCAGAUCGUUCUGAAUUAGAGAAAGCAAAACGCGAGGGAAACUUACAUGAAACUUUGUUAGAUAGAAGAAGUAAAAUGAAAGCAGAUCGAUAUUGUAAAUAACUUUGAAUAAUAACUAUAUUCUGUAUUGGAAAAUGUUACUGUGUAAGUUUUAAUUGUAUAUACAGGGUGUUCCGUAACUGGUGGUACAAGCGAGUAGGGGGUGAUUCUACGUAAAAAAGUGAAUCGAAAAUGUAGAAUAAAAUUUUUCCAUAUAACGCUUUAUUUUCGAAAAAAAUAA